AUGGAUAACCAAUCUCUACACCUGGUCCCCGACAUUGGGCAACCUAUCCAACUACCAUACCUGAACGAGGGGCUACUCCAGGUCGAGCCAGCCUUCCAGGAGGAGUUGAUGCCUUGCAUACAGGAACCAUUGCAACAGCCAUACGCUGGCCUGGAUCUAGCAGCCGAAGCGGUUGUGAGCAUGCAAGAUCAUUACAUGAACCGCUUCAACCAAUUUACCGAAAAUAAGCAACGGCAGGAAAAGCUGAUUGCCAAAUUGAAUCAGUGCCAUGACCGCGCCUCGGAGGCCUUGGCUACAAGAAUCGCGGCUAACGCAACUAUGAAAGACUUGCUGAGCGAGCACAACACACUUGAUCCGCAGUGCUUCACCAUGCGUCACGCUCAAGCAUGGAAGGAAGUUAGACAGGCUGCAUUCUACGAAGCCGAUCAAUAUAGCUUCAUCAAGAUGAUGCACGAAAGUUUGGAGAAGAUUACCCGAGAGGGGGAUGACAUCGUUUUCCAACUGAAGGUGCUUGAGGUGCAGAUCCAGAAGGAGAACCCCAACUUUAUCUUGUUUGAUUAUGGUCAAGUUGGUACCGAAUUUGAGGCUAAGAUGGAGGCAUAA